AUGGUCGAAAACACUCAGCCAUCCAACGGUAUCCCGUUCAUGAAACGUUACCCUUCAAGCGGCCUGUCCAUCCUCGUAGUUGGGGGAGGCAUCGCAGGACUGAGCUUCGCAGUUGAAGCAUACCGCAAAGGCCAUGAUGUGAAAAUUCUUGAGCGUGACUUGAUUGCGAUCCAAGCAUCUGCUCUUCAUUCUCCCCAAAACUGGCCCGGCUUCAAAGAAUGGUGCGAUGAGUCGCCAAUCUCAAAGACUGGGCGCAUCUACAAGUAUGACGGGACUUUUCUUGGCAAUGUCGAGUUCCCGCUCUCUAGCACUCGCUCAAGGUUUCAUGACAUGCUUCACUCUUAUGUAGAGAAGCUUGGUAUUGAAAUCAGGUUCUCGACUUUGGUAACUGAAUACAUUGAGACUGAUGAUAACGCUGGUGUCAUUCUCGAAGACGGUACUACCGUUACAGCGGACAUUGUAGUGGCCGCCGAUGGCAUUGGUUCAAAGUCAUGGAGACUAGUCUCCGGCUUUAAAGAGGUGCCUAUAAGCUCUGGCUUUGCAAUGUUCCGUGCUACUUUCCCGCUUGAGCUGGCUAUGAAGAACCCCCUAGUAGCCGAAGAAUUUGAGGGAAGUGAGCCGAAGGGAAAUCUGACAAUGGGUCCUGGAGCACACAUCAUAAUUGCCAAAACCAAUGAGGAUAUGGUGUUUAUGCUUACGCACAAGGACAACGGCAAUGCUGAAGAGGAAUGGACAAAACAGACCUCGAUCGAACAUGCGCUGCCAUAUGUCAAGGGCUGGAAGCCAUACAUCUCCGAGGUCAUCAAGUCUGCCCCUGGUGGUGAAGCAGUCGACUUUAAGCUGAUGUGGCGCAAUCCGCGAGAAACGUGGGCAUCUCCGAAGGCAAGGGUCAUCCAGAUAGGUGAUGCGGCGCAUACAUUCCUCCCCACAUCUGCCAGCGGUGCUACGAUGGCCCUUGAAGACUCGUACUCGCUCGCAGCAUGCUUGCAGUUAUCUGGAAAAGGCAACGCACCUCUGGCCGUCCGGGUGCACAACCUUCUCAGAGCGGAGCGUGUCGCAUGUGCUCAGCGGAUGGGCUUCAAGACGCGUGAACUGUACCAUAACACCAACUGGGAUGUUAUGGACAAAGAUCCCACUCGUUUGACCAAGAUGGUUGGCCGCUGGGUCACUAACCACGACCCUGAGCAGUACGCGUACGACAACUAUGGUAAAUGCGCAAACCACAUCAUAUCAGGUGCGCCAUUUAAGAACACGAAUGGCGUCCCCGGGUACACUUAUCAGCCGUGGACGGUGCAGGAGCUGUUGGCGGCAGCCGAACGUGGGGAGUCGAUUGUCGACGAGGGAGACUGGUCCUAA